AUGCACAAUUUUAAGGAUGAGUUAACAUGGCCCAUUUGUUACAGAAUUUUUGAAGACUCUUGUGUGCUGCCAUGCUCUCACACAUUCUGUAAAACUUGCUUAGAAAGCAUUCUUCAGGCAUCAUGUAACUUUUACAUAGGGAGGCCUUUGCAGAUCCCACUCAAGUGCCCUAACUGCAGAAGCAUGAUUGAGGUUACUCCUUGGGGCAUAGACUCUUUACCGGUCAAUUUUGCAUUAAGGGGUAUUAUCGAAAAGUACCAGCAAGAAGAUCACCCGGAAAUUGCCACCUGCCCUGAACACUACAUGCAACUAUUAAGUGUUUACUGUCUGCUGGAUAUGAAGCUGAUCUGUGGGCAUUGCCUUACUAUGGGCCAGCAUAAGGACCACCCAAUAGAUGGCCUCAACCGCGCCUACCUCAAGGAGAUGGAAGCACUGAAGAUAUUGCUUCAGCAGUUGAGUGAUGUUCACUGGACAGACCUCAGCCAUCUGAUUCAGAAGCUUGAAGAAGAGAAAUUGAACUUGGAGAGGAUGGUCCAAGGGGAUAAGGGAGUCGUUCUUCAGUACUUCAAGGAGCUUAGUGAUGUAUUGGAACAGAAGAAAAAGCUGUUCCUAACUGCCCUUUGUGAUGUCAGCAAAAGGAUCCAUCAGGUAUAUAUGCCCCAAAUCGAAAGAAUGAAAGAGUUGCAAGAGCAGCAGCUUGAAUUAAUCGCCCUGGCAACAUCUUUACAGAAAGAAAGUCCCCUUGAGUUUCUUGAGAAAGUAGAUGAUGUUCGCCAGAGGAUCCAGAUGCUAAAGCAAAAACCCCUACCCCAAAUCCUGCCUGUCCAUAUCCACCCACGAGCUAUCCAGGUAUUGAAGGAAGAUUGGAGCAGAACAGAAAUUAAGCAAAUCAAGCAACUGCUAAUUCCCAAAAUAAAGAUUGAAAAGGAUGACAAUGACAAAGAAGCUGAACUUUUUAAGAUUCUAAAUAUUGUUAUUGUCACAAUGAUUUUAGUGAUACUGUUAUCAGUCCUCUGUUUUAACCAGCACAUAAUAACCAUUUUAAAUUAAAUUACUUCACUGUAUUUCUCGAAAGUCUCUUUAUCUGUUUACCAAAUCGUAUCGAACAGCCUGCAUGAUGUAAAGAAUAUCGUGUGUCACAUUUUAUAUUUACCGACGGAAUUCACAUGGAAGCCAGUUUUUUGUUGA